AGGUUUUGGUCUGCUUUGGGUUGACUGGUCAUUAUGCUGAUGCCGAUCUGUAGUAUCAAGAACCUGUACCAGAAUCGCCUUUUCGGCCUGGCGGCCAUGGCUUCACCGACCCGCAGCAACCAGGGCCGCCAGCGCUACACUCGCUCCACCCUCACCGUAAGCUCUUCGUACUACACUAUAGGCCAGUCUGAGGACCUUGUGAUCACAUGGGACAUCAAGGAGGAAGUGGAUGCUGGGGACUGGAUUGGAAUGUAUCUCGUCGGGUCGCGGGCGUGCUGGAGCCUAUCCCAGCUGUCAUCGGGCAGGAGGCGGGGUACACCCUGAACUGGUUGCCAGCCAAUCGCAGGGCACAUACAAACAAACAACCAUUCGCACUCACAGUCACACCUACGGGCAAUUUAGAGUCUCCAAUUAAUGCAUGUUUUUGGGAUGUGGGAGGAAACCGGAGUGCCCGGAGAAAACCCACGCAGGCACGGGGAGAACAUGCAAACUCCACACAGGCGGGGACGGGGAUUGAACCCCGCACCUCAGAACUGUGAAGCUGGCGCUCUAACCAGUCGUCCACCGUGCCCUGGCAUUUUUAUAUUUAAAAAAUAAAAAAAUAAAUGUCACAGCGCUCAAGUAGGAAAAUGCCAGAAGCACUUGCUUGUCAACAGAAUUAAUGAUUCAAUUUCUUGCACAUUUUUUGUGGAAGAACAAUUUCUUCCAUGAGAAGAGUUAGUUCUUUUCAUGGAAGAAAUUGUUAGUUCUUUUCAUGGAAGUAUACUGGAGAAAUUACACUUUGCUACAAUGUAGUCAGUGUAUAGCUUGUAUAACAAAGUAAAUGUAGUGUCUCCUUAAUAUAUAACUUAACACACAACCAUUGAUGUCUUGACCACUGGUAACAAAAGCGAGUACACACCUUAUGAAAAUCUCCAAAUUGGGCACAAUUAGCCAUUUUCCCUCCCCAGUGUCAUGUCACUCAUUAGCGUUACAAGGUUGCAGGUAUGUUAAAUUUGGUUUUCUCGCUCUCACAUGCUGUCAUAUUGGUCACUGGAAGUUCAGUAUGGGAUCUCAUGACAAAUAACUCUGAGGACCUGAUCAAAAGAAUCGUUGCUCUACAUAAAUAUGGCCGAGGGUACAAGAAGAUUGCCAAAACUGAAACUGACCCCAAACAAUAUAAUGGAACAAGACAUGGCGCUCGCUAAUAUAAUGAUUCACAAUGCUGAUAAUUGUGCAGCUGGUAUGGGAUCAAUUCCUUCCUGUCCUGUUCAAAAUCAUGACUGGCAGUCCUUUCAGGUUGUAGUCCACCUUUUGCCCAAGUUAGAGGGGAUAGGUAUAUGGUAUAGUGAAUGGCUAGCAAGCGAGAUGCAACAAUAGUUAAGUUGUGUUUAGGGUAGGCUACCUAUUGGAAAUGUCCACACCUUAGUCUGGAUCUAACCUUAUUUACAGUAGGUCCAAAUCAAGGUCCUUAUUGCAGCAUUGCCAUUCAUGCACUUUUGAAAUGAUGUUCAUGUAAUUGCGUCCAACCACCAGAACACUUUCACCUUAACAGUUACAAUGUGUAAAAACCUUUGCAGCGUUGUUGUGAAUUUUUAGCUUCCUGUCAUUCAUUUCAACGCGUAACAAUAAAAUAUUUUGUUAGUUAAAAUAAUGAUUCAGAUCUUAGUGGUUAUAGCUGUCUUUUCAGAUGAGCCUUUAUCUGAGAACUUUCUGGAUUAUAAGAACCGAGGAAUCAACGGAUCUCACAAAGGACAAAUAGUUUGGAAAAUCGACUGCAGCUCUCACUUCAGUGACUCUGAGACACUGGUCUGCUUCAAGUACUACCAUGGCGUCACCGGAGCGCUGAGGGCAACCACAUCCAGUCUCACCAUCAAAAAGCCUAUGUUAAAGCCGGUGGUUAGUCCCGAGGUCAACCAAGGACUGGGCAACAGGAGACUCAUUAACUUUUCACUGUCAGACCUCCAAGCAGUUGCUUUGAAAAAGGGGAUGUUCUUCAAUCCAGACCCGUACCUCAAGCUUUCCAUUCAGCCUGGAAAGCAUAGCAUCUUCCCCUCGUUGCCGCACCAUGGUCAGGAGAAACGCUCCGGCGUUGUCUGCAACACAGUCAACCCGCAGUGGAACUCAGAGAGAUUUAACUUUUUGUCGCUACCGACUGAUGUUCUGGAGAUCGAGGUGAAAGACAAGUUUGCCAAGAGUCGGCCCAUCAUCAAGCGUUUCCUGGGGAAGCUGUCCGUUCCUGUCCAGAGGCUGCUGGAAAAAUAUGCCAUUGGGGACCGUGUUGUUAGUUACUCUCUGGGUCGCAGGUUGCCAACAGAUCACGUGUGUGGACACUUACAAUUCCGCUUUGAGCUCACCUCAUCAAUUCAUCCAGAUGAUGAGGAGGUUUCGCUGGUCAUAGAAUCAGCCUGCCCUGAAGGAGGAAUCAACGCAGAUGCCAACAAUGCUGCCGAGGAACCCGACGACGACACGUUAAGCGUGGGACACGAUAUGCCCGACCUCCCUUUGGAUGCCCCUCCUGACCCCGACACCCCAAUGCCUCCAGCCUCACCAGCCGAGCAGACCCAAACCGGCGAGACGCCGUCUGCAGAGGUAGAACAAGUCGCUAUGGAGGACGAGAGCACAGUGAGGGAGGAACCGCCUGCAACUGAGCCGCAGGUACAGAGCAAAGACGGAGAAUCGCCUCACAACACCGUGACAGCGCUAGUGGAGGGAGUAUUCGAAGAAGGGCAGCAGGGGGAAGAGGAAGCAGAUAGAGAAGAGAAUAUACAACAAGCUGAGGAGGGGAUAACAGUAGAACAAGAUGACAAGAAGGCCCAACCAGAUGUGCCAACUGAAAAUACUGAAAGUCCAAACAAUGAUAUUGUGACCGCACAGAGCAUUGACACAUCCCAAGAUUUACCCAUUGAAACAACUGAAGUAUCACCGGGCGGAGAAAGCAGCAACGGUCCCUGUGCCUGCCUCUUCUCGAACAACUCCCAAGGUCCUCUCCGGCGUAAAACCCGCCCUUGCUCCCUGCCGGUGUCGGAGCUGGAGAACGUGAUCGCCUCGGCUUGCGGCGAGCCGGAGACGCCCCGAUCCCACUACAUCCGCAUUCACCACCUCCUCCACAGUCUCCCCUCGGCACAGCGUCGAGCGCCGAGCCAGGAGGAGGAGGACAUCGAAGAGUGCGAGAACACAAGCACAACUCAGGACAACACAGCCACAUCACCUACACUUAAAAACUCCAAAGACAGAGAAGAGGAGGCCCAGGAAGAUGAGGAUGAGAUAACCCAGUCACCCUCUCAGGUCCCAGAGUGUCCCGGUCCGUGCUGCUGUCGCUCCCUACCACGCAGCCUCUCCAUUGAACGGCUCUCCGAACUCAACCAGCUCCUGGAAGGUGAUAAAGGAAGUGGAGUGCAUGCAGCAGUCAGAAGGAUCUCUCUCUCAUACCUUGAAAGCGAGGAGGGGGAUUCCAGUAAUGGAGUUGGAAAAAGAAAUGCAGGGAGCAGCCAUCGGGCCCGGGGUGAAACUGAGUGUGAGUUCUGCGAUGCUUCCUGCUACAGCACCUCCUGCUACAGCACGUCCUGUUACAGCACAUCAUGCUACAGCAACUCGGGCCACGAGGGCAGGGGCCGCUUCUGCAGCCACACCCGCCUCUCCUCCGUGGACAGUAACCGGCUCUCCGGCAGCACCGUGUUCUCCUCCCAGGACGAAGAGGAGGACGAGAGCACCUUUGAGUCAGGACCAGAUGCAAACAACUGUCCUGAGGGCCAGGAAGUGGGUGGGGCAGGUGGAGAGGGGAGGACUGGGAUAUGGAAGGAGGCCAGGAAAGAGGAGCAUGGAGAAUCAGCCGGGGCAGAGUCUGGGACCACCAACAGUACUGGCUCAGGCUUCUCACCUCCCGUUGGCCAUCCUCCAGUCCUUCUUCCCAGCCUUGACUUAAACCAUUUUCCUGCUGCCACUGACCAAGUCUUACCUCCAAACUGGGAAGCUCGUAUAGACAGCCAUGGAAGAGUGUUCUACGUCGAUCAUGUCAACCGCACCACGACCUGGCAGAGACCGAGUCAUGGUGGCAAGUGUAACCAUGGGAUUCCCCGAUCAGGAUCCAGUCAACAGAUGGAACAGCUCAACAGGAGGUACCAGAGCAUCCGGAGAACCAUGGCCACCGAAGAGGAAGGUGGUAGUCAGCGGUUAGAGAGAACUCCCAGUGUCGAGAUGGACUCGGACGCUCCUCCAGCAGCGACAGGUCCAGCAUCACCUGUCAAUCACCAGAAGAUCAGCCAGCUUCUUCAAUCACCCGCUGUCAAGUUCAUUACACAUCCGGAAUUCUUCACUAUGUUGCAUAGUAACUAUUCAGCCUACCGGAUAUUCACCAGCAGCAGCUGCGUCAAACACAUGAUCCUGAAGGUGCGGCGCGAUGCCAAAAACUUUGAGCGCUACCAACAUAACCGGGACCUAGUGGUCUUCCUCAACAAGUUUGUAGACACUCAACUGGAGUUGCCACGGGGGUGGGAGAUCAAGACUGACCCGCAGGGCAAGUCUUUCUUUGUGGAUCACAACAGUCGAGCCACAACCUUCAUUGACCCUCGAAUCCCUCUUCAGAAUGGCCGACUACCGGGCCACCUCGCCCACAGACAACACUUGCAGCGACUACGCAGCUACAGCGCAGGAGAGGCUUCUGAUGUGUCUAGGAGUCGCGGGGCUUCUCUCAUGGCCAGACCUGCAAACAGCUUGGUUGCUGCCAUACGAAGCCAGUAUCAUGCUGACCCACAACAGUCCACUGCCGCAUCGUACAAUGACAAGAUUGUGGCUUUCCUCCGGCAACCAAACAUUUUUGACAUGUUGCAGGAGCGGCAACCCAACCUGAACAGAAACUAUGCACUCAGGGAAAAGAUCCAUUACGUCCGGUCUGAAGGUACCCAGGGUGUUGAGAAGCUGUCAUGUGAUGCAGACCUGGUCAUCCUGUUAAGUUUAUUUGAAGAGGAGAUUAUGUCGUAUAUUCCGCCUCACCCCAUCCAUCCUGGCUUUAGUUUCUCCCCACGCUGUUCCCCCGGAAACUCGCCGCAGAACUCUCCUGGCUUGCAGAGAGCCAGAGCACCGGCCCCUUACCGUAGAGACUUUGAGGCCAAGCUCAGAAACUUCUACAGAAAAUUAGAAGCGAAGGGCUAUGGCCAGGGACCAGGCAAGAUUAAACUGCUGAUAAGGCGAGAACACCUACUGGAGGGCACCUUCAACCAGGUGAUGUCAUAUUCCCGCAAAGAGCUACAGAGAAACAAACUCUACGUCACCUUCCUGGGGGAAGAGGGGUUAGAUUACAGCGGACCCUCCAGAGAGUUUUUUUUCCUUUUGUCUCAGGAGUUGUUUAAUCCAUACUAUGGUCUUUUUGAAUACUCGGCCAAUGACACCUACACUGUUCAAAUCAGCCCCAUGUCGGCGUUCGUUGAGAAUCAUCUCGAAUGGUUCCGUUUCAGUGGGCGCAUACUUGGCCUGGCUCUGAUUCAUCAAUACCUCCUUGACGCUUUUUUCACCAGACCCUUCUACAAGGCGCUACUCAGGCUCCCAACAGACCUUUCUGAUUUGGAAUAUCUGGAUGAGGAGUUCCAUCAGUCUCUGCAGUGGAUGAAAGACAAUGACAUCACAGACAUCCUGGACCUCACAUUCACUGUCAAUGAGGAGGUCUUUGGCCAGGUGACCGAACGGGAGUUGAAAUCUGGAGGUUCCAACCUGCAAGUAACUGAGAAGAACAAAAAGGAUUACAUCGAGCGAAUGACAAAAUGGCGGGUGGAAAGAGGAGUGGUGCAACAGACAGAGGCACUGGUCAGAGGCUUCUAUGAGGUGGUCGACUCCAGGCUGGUGUCAGUGUUCGAUGCACGCGAACUGGAGCUGGUUAUUGCCGGUACUGUGGAGAUUGACCUUGGUGACUGGAGGAGCAAUACAGAGUAUAGAGGAGGUUACCACGAUGGCCACAUCGUGAUGAGGUGGUUCUGGGCUGCCGUGGAGCGUUUCAACAAUGAGCAGCGCCUCCGCCUGCUCCAGUUUGUAACCGGGACAUCCAGCGUGCCGUACGAAGGCUUCGCUGCCCUGCGCGGAUCCAACGGCCUGCGGCGCUUCUGCAUUGAGAAGUGGGGCAAAGUUACCUCUCUGCCCAGGGCCCAUACCUGUUUUAAUCGUCUUGACCUGCCUCCAUAUCCCUCGUACACCAUGUUGUAUGAAAAACUACUGACUGCUGUGGAGGAAACCAGCACCUUUGGUCUGGAGUGAGACGCGUAAAGCAGUCGACAAGGGCAAACGUCCUUUUGGAACACUGCUGACCGAAGCCGUCACGCGAUGGACGGAUCCUAGAUUCUGCGAUCGGGCGGACUGCAGACUGAGCAAAGAUGUCGGUGGCGUGGAUAUACGUAUGUAAAAUGAAUGUUAUGGUACCGUGUAUUAGUCUCACAUUUGAGAGUCUUUGUGACAGGAAGCGGACGUUCGGACAACACAGCAGAGCUACAUUAGUGUUAGUGGAUGUACAAUGGUAUCAAUCAUAAAACUCGCAGCACGAUGCUAAUAGCAACAAGUAUAGCUUAAAUAUAAACUCAUUGAUGACAACUUAACAGUUAACAUUUUAUUUAAAAUGCCACUUUUUUCUGUUCAUUCAUGAAUUUGUUUUACUCUAAAACUGUAAAACAGCACAAAUCAUGUUGUGAGUGCUGUAUUAUAUAUAAAGCAACAAUCAUAUUUCAAUUGAAAUAACUGAAAAUGUGAAAUGCUAUUCAUAACUGCUAUAUAUUUUACAUGAUUAUAUCAAGGCUGUCUCAUAAAUGAGACGUGAAUUCAGCAUUCGGUUUACAUGCUCAGGUAGUUUAUUGGACAUGGCAACAAAUAUACAGAAAGGAAGUGACAGAUAUGCACUAAUGAAGAGUACAGACAGUGAUUCAUAGAAUGGACGCCAAAGAAACAAUCACAUCUGGUAUUUAAUGUAGAAAAGCCUGCGUGAGAGAAUUAUUUCAAGGCUAAGACUUGGGAGCAACCAAUGCAAGGUUACAAUCAAAUCUGAAAUGAUAUAUUAAUAUAACGGCAAAGGCAGCAGAAUAGAUUAUUUAUUCACAUGAUUUAGGGUUAGAGUUAAGGAAAGCACUUCAAUUGACCAAGAACUAGGUAAUUAUAUGUAUUUUUAAAAAUCAAUCGUUGUGGUCUGAACCACUGGAAGAUAAGCCACGAAUAUACAAAGCAUUUCAAAAAAGCCAUUUUUUCCCUCUUUGUUAUGCAAUGUCAAGAAGUGUAAUAUUCUAAAAAAGCAUCUUACAAGGGUUUUGGUCCUCUAAGGUAAGGAAGGGGAGUACAGUAAUCCUUUAAAUAAUGAAUUGCAGCAAAAUAGUGGAAACUGGUGGAUGUCAAACACAAAAGUCUGGUUUCCCAUAGUUCUACAUAACACCCUUAUUUUCUUAUUUUUUGUCGACUAGCCUACGCCAGGACAGACACACACGCGUUCCCACACCGCAAUAAGUGCCAUUUCCAGUUUCAUGGCCGUCAUAUUUCUCUUUGACAUACCUUUCCUAACCCUCCUGUGGUAGCGUCACACAAUAAAAACAAACCAAAAAGCCAAGGAAGAGCAAAACACUUCCCACAAGAUUUGCUGCAAACUGGGUGACUUUGAGAGACUUCGGAGACAUGUAUUUUCCUCACUGAACCCCAAAUUGUUCCGAAAUUUCAAAUUGAACUUUUCCACUGUGCAUACAGUACCUUACUUGUAUGCUGUAAAUAGGUGUAUUUCAAUAAAUCGGAAUAUCGAAGAAAAGUUCAGUUAUUUCACAAGUUCAAUUUAAAAAGUGAAACCAGUUGCUUGAGCCAUAAAAAUAUCCUACGACGUUCACUUCUAUGCCUUUCUGUGACUGUUCCAGUCUCUCUGCAUGAACUGAUUACAUUUCCUUAGGUGUGUCUACAGCCGAAGUCAUUCACCGCCAAUCACAGCAGGUCCUCUCAUUCCCUUUAAAUACAGUCUAAAUAGUCUCCCGUGGAGAUGUCGCUAUGCAGAAGAGCAUCUUGUGGAAUCGCAGGCACUGAUCCGCACUUUGUCACUGCUCUUCCCCAAUGUGGCAACAUACAACGUUUGCGGGUGCCCUUAUUCAAUACAGAAUGAGCUGGUGUAAACCCCUGGCGACUUAAAGUAUGUCCGCGGACCUUCAGGUCCGUUCCAAUGACCAUUCGUGUAGAUUUGUGAUGGCCAAAAAUAUAAUGACGACGAUAAUAAUGAAGAUAAUAAUAAUAAUAAUAAUAAUAAUAAUACAUCGCAAAACACAAAAUUCAAGAUAAGCCAGUUAUUGCGCUCGACUGCAGUUGCGCAGUCUAUGAAAAUAGAGCCCAGAAACGGGAACAGUAUUUUUUCGUUCAGCUCCUAGUUUCAGAAUAAGUUGUGCAAGUUGGCACUAAAACAUUGAACAGAUGGAAAGUUCCAUUCAAAGGUUGAGAAGAGGUCAAAUUAGGUUAACCUUUUAAGGUUAUAGUAAAAAGAAAAAAAAAAGAAAAUUUCACUCUGCAUUUAAUGAAUCUGUAAUAAAUUAUUUUUUACUUUUACUGAAAUUGAAUUGAACUACUGAAAUAAAUUGCUUCCCACAAUGUUAAAAUUCAUUGCGAUGCACCUCUUUAUUUCGAGCCAUUCAAAUUGGCAUCAGGGUUCCAUUUGGUUCAUAAAAAGUGUUUCAACAAUUUCUCCAAGCUUGUAUUCUGUCCUUCUAUCUGUUAUGACAAUAGUGGUCCACAAACACAGACUGCUGCUGGGACUCUUGAGAGAGGUUUUGUGCCAUUGACGCUUGCAAAUUGGCACUGACUCAAGGUGACUGUGACACAGAGCGCUUACCCUGAAGCAUUAAGCUUUAAGUCUUCCACGGACAUCGUGUAUGUGCAAGAAAUUACAAGUCUUUCAAGCAGCUGGAGUGACAACCUAAAUAAACAACAACAUACUGUAUUUUCUUCCAGUUCAAUGUAAAAUGGAGAAAUGUGGCCGUUUUUCCAUUGGACGUUUCCUGUUACGUGUACAUUUUAAGGCAGAAAAACGUGUCUACUUGUAUAAACUAAUUCUAAUGAAGUAGUGUAGCUCCAUAUCCUAUCGACAGUUUUAACAUAUUCACCAGCUGAGCGUUUCGGUCAACAGCUCAACUGUUUUGAGCCUUAAAUAGUCUGGCACACGUGACUCAAGUUUUCUUUAACUAACACAGUAGACGUCCAAGACCUGAAUAACAAAACUCUACUCACCCAAGAGGGCAAAGAUGUUUAUGUUGCAAAUUCCACCCUUUUUUGCUAACAAUUUUUUUGUACUGUUAUUUCUAUUGUAUUGUAUUAUUAAUUCAAGGAUUUUGAUUGAAACUUUCUUUGAAUGUUGAGUUGUUCAUUGACGACGAGAGUCUGGCUUCAUUUUGAAGCCUUUGCAUUUUGAUAUUUAUGGCUUUUCUAUGAUUAACGUAGAACACUUGUCAUCAUCUGUUUUUCUUAUAAUUCACAUAGAUUUUUUUUAUUUUGUCUGGCUAAAUUGUCUUUUCUCAUCACAGAUGACGUCACAGAGUGUACUGUUAUUUAUUACUGUGCGGUAUGUAACAAGCAGACAGUUUGACAACAAACAUUAUUUUUCCACAAACAUUGAUAUUAAACACUGAAUGGGGAUAAAUAAUAUCCCUAUAAUAAACAUGGUUAUGGAUUUUUUUUUAUUUGUUGAAUCAACUACUAUAGUAAUAUUUAUUCAAAAUAAGCUUUUGGAAAAGGAUCAGAUUUGUCAAUGUUGCAAAUGGUGGUGUCUGGUCAUUUUUGCAGGGGGCUAAAUUCUGAGGCAUGCAUUUUGUGUGUGUUUUUGUGUUGAUGAUUCAUAUAUGUAGAUAAUGUUGAGAAGUACAGUUUGGAUUAUUUAUUUUAACUUAAUGCUCAGGCAGUCCCUCUAAUACUACCAUUCCACUGUCUAGCAAUCUAUGUUCAUUUGCUGACAUUGACUAUGUUGUAUGAAGUGAAGACAGUGUUUAUCACUGUUGCCUAAAAUCAAAUAAAAAUAUGA